ACACGUGACUUCAUUAUGAUUUGUUCGAGUCUUGAACUCUUACUUUACUGACACUUCCAGGAAACCCCACCCCCUUUUCUCCAUUUCAAGUCCUGCAUUUUCAGGUCAUCGAAAUUUGAGCUGCAAACGUGCUGUUUUUCCAAAUUCACAGCUCAUAUGUUGCUUCUUCUAUUCUCUGUAAAUUGAAAUAAUAUUUUCAGAGACUUUUUCAGAUAUAUUGCAAAAGCUUAGUAUGAAGUAUAAACUAUGGCCACAGUGAGUACCAGUUGAGUAUCCUAAUAUUAAUAUACAUGUUAUUUUACUAUUUUAUUGCUCAUUCAAGGAAGUGUAGUAAGGAAAAGCGCAAGGUGCUGAAAAUGCCAGAUGAGAUUGAUGCUGUCCUACUCAGAUGGAUUUCCCUUUCCCUUUUGGACUUAUUAUUCAGGUAGCUUUGAUGUUCACAUCCCCACUGCUUGUGUACGCACACACAAACACUCUCGCUCUCUCCUUUCCUUUUUAGAAACCUAACUACUCAGCUGCCCAUCUGAGAGAACUUCAAAGUGUCCAGAGGGGGUAGCCUGGUGCUCCUGGCACUUGUCAUUCCUUAACUAGCUGACCACCCCUUUCAUGCCCUACUCUUCCCACCCUCCUUCCCCAUCCAGCCCCCUAAUUACUUCCAGCUGUGCUCGUCUCUUUGAUGAGCCGGUGGUAGUGGUACAGAAAGGGCACAUGCUGCACGCACCUGCUGGGUGAACUGGAGGCCCAUGUGCAGGUGACCGUGGAAAAGGUUAUGGAUGAGCGCUCUUGAUAAAACCCCUGAAAAACCAUUAUUUGCUUUUUUUAGCCUCUUAAAGCACCCAGAGAGACUUAAUAUAAUAAUCAUUGUUAUUUAACCAUGCUUAACACUAGGCAGGAAGUCUGAGUGACACUCAGUAAGGACCUCAUUACGCAAAAGCAUCACAGUACUAUGGUUGCCAUAACAGUACAAUUAAAAUAAAUAUGCAUCACUAAGUCACUUAAUCUUUUUUGUUCCAAGUUUGAACCAAGCAUUAACGUGUAGGCUGAUUUUAUGCAUGUCAAACAUGCCGUAUAUUGCGAAUAGAAAAUAAAGAGACCUAAGUACAGUAGUACUGAGAGCAGUAUAAUGAUGUAUGAUUGACUUUAAAUCCCAAAAUGCCUUGGAGUUCCAUGAUUUGCACAUGUACAACAGCACUGACAUCUAGCUGAUGGUGAGUUAAGAGAGCUCGGAGACUGAGAACGUAUUUGUUCCUAGCAGAGAGAAGCCAGUGUGAUUUCUUUCUCAAGAACCUGUGGCAUUGUACGUCACUGAACUAAAUAUGGCAACCUGACUUCUGACCAGCUUAGAACUGGGGAAUUUAAAAAUGGCCUUGUCACAGCAGGCUGUGUUUAUAAUUGCAGCAGCUAAAAAAGACAUCACAGUGAGAUCAAGCUGUUUUGUUUUUUUUUUUCUUUUUUCUCAAAGAAAUUCCCACUGGCAAAAAGGAAAAUGACAACAAUAUUUUUAUUACUGGAAUCAUUAUUUGAAUAUAUUUUUUUUUCUUGUAUUUAUAUAUGGAGUCCUGCAAGUCUCGCAUUAUAUUUAAAACUAGGGUGGCAAAUAAAUUGGCCCAGACAAUUUCUAACCUGAUCUAUUAAAUGAAGUUUGAAUACAUUAAUAACAUUCUGUUGAUUGUAAUUAAACCGAGAGAUUAAAAAGAGUCACGGUUAUUCCACUAGAGGGCAAAAUAGAGCAACUAACAAGCUCUAACAAGCUGAAAAUGGAGAUUUGUGCAGUUACAUUUUAUUUGCUAAAUAAAAUAAUGGUAAAUAAAAGAUGAUAAAUAUGAGUAAAAAGAAUAGUGUAUAGUGAGGUAACUUCUCAAUAUGUGAAUAUUAUAUAAGGAUCUUUUUUUAAUUGUGCUGUAAUGUGGCAACAUGUGAAGUGGAGUUUCUGUCACCACCCUGAUGUUCAUGAUUUUCUUAUAACAUCAUGUUUUAUUCUGUUUAUACCACAGAAGGUUUCUGUUAUAUUUUUAUUCAAUUAAGACAUAAUUAUUAUUCUUCUUCUACUUCUUGUGGCAUGUCAACAGUUUGUUCCUGUUACCCCUUACAAUGUGGUAGCUAUUAAUAUUUAUUCCCUUACUAAACUCUUAAAAAUCUAGUGCUAGCUAGAAUUCUGUUUCAUGAGACUACUUAAUCUUUAAUAAUAAAGUUAGUUAUUGAGCCCUGCCUUGUUCCCUGAGACUUCUGGCAUGGGCUAGAGGUUCCCUGCAACCCAGUAAGAUAACAGUGUAGAGGAUAAAUGGAUGGAUGGAUUAAAAAUUGGAUGGAAAAUGGAUGGAAGUUAUUAAAGUAUGUCUUCUUAGCAUGGCAUAUUGACACAGCUACUCUUCUGCUGGUUUAUGUGUAACUAAUAAGCUGUUACAUUUUUGUUGACCAUCCACAUAUUAUAAUAUACACAGUUUACUGUACAGAACUACUAUUUUCUACAAGACUCUUUAAUGGUUAUUGUUAGUCUUGUAUGUAGUAGCAGUAUUUUUAUAUAUAUAUAUAUAAUCUAUUAAUAGUCUUACAAAAUUAAUCCUUUUAAUCCAAUCAGAAUCAAGCUUUCGGUAGCACUGUGUUAUAAAUCCUAUUAUUCAGCUCUAAAAAUAAAUAAGGCUAAAUGGUUUUUACUGAUCAUAGCAGUUUACUGAUGUGCCCUCCUGCAUAAGAAUGAUGAACCGUCAAUGUGUAGAACGAUCUCUGAGUUUGGAAAUGAACCACCAGAAAGAUCAACUUGGGGAAUUUGAGUAAAGGUUAAUCUUUCCAGCAGUGGGGAAUGCCAUCUUCUUCAGUAGGAAGGGAAGAAGGUUGGCAGAGUUCAGCGAGUGAUUGAAAUGCCUUCAGACAUGAGCAUCAUUUUCCAGCGAGUCAUUCUGGAGGAAGUAAUUACCUUGGUUCUCUGUUCGGCAAUCAGACUCUGGAUAACUGCAGGGGGAACACUGUUUCUUAAAGGGUGAUAAGAAUUUGAAGUUAAAUCAUAUAUGCAGAGAAGGACAGAGGGAGAAAGGCUCCUGGGUAUAAUUUACUUCAGCAGUAAAGGUUAAAAUUUCCAUUGUAGCCGGUGAGACCUUGAGCAGAACAUGUAUUAGAUAGCUCAAGGAAGCGAGGGUUUCUGAGGGCAGAGGGGGGAAAAAAAGGUUUUCGGCUUGUUGAGUGAGUGUUACGCUCGAGAGAUGCAGGGAGGACAUGGAAGGAGGGAAUCCACUGCUCAUAAAAUCCUGCCAUGCAUAGGAAUGCUCUCAUUUGUUUCUGUCUGAUAGGAACAGAGGCCUUUUGGAUGGCAGCCAGACGUUCAGCUGUGAGAGAACAAGAGCCAGGAGAGAGUCUGAGAGAGAGAGAGAGAGAGAGAGAGAGAGAGAGAGAGAGAGAGUGGCCUAAAUAAGUAACAGACUGUAAAACUGCAUGGAGUUUCUUUUCACAUGGCUUGUGGUCCAUUUCAGCGAGAGCAAGACAGAGAUAUUCUCCUAACACAUAUCUUACUAAAGAGCUAGAAAGUCUACAAAAACCACAACUGAAUAGCGACAUUUUCACUUUUAAUAAGUAACUUAUACACUCUAAACCAAAAUUUCAGGAAAUCCUAAACAUCACAGAGGUUUCAUACAUCAUUGCUGGCAUUUUUUAUAUGCCAUCCAGCCACCAUUACAAAACUCGAAGAUCAUGAGAAGCAACAAGUGACUGCAUAUACAAUAUUGGAAAACAUUUCCAGGAAGAAAAGACAUUUCCAAGUGAUUAUUUAAAAUACCACAGAGACAAAUGGUUAAAGUUAAAGAAUGCCCUGCAUUUUUUUUUAUAUUAAAGCAUAUGGCCACUGUGAGGACCAGUGGGACUCUAAAUGCAUUUCCUUUCAGAAUUAUGCAGAAUUAAGCAAAAAUUACUAUUUAAAAGAUUUAUAUGUGUAGAAAGUGAUCAUUUGAUUUCAACAUGUAUACAAGGAAUCAAAAGGUUUCUCAAAAAAGUGAUGCAUUUCUUAUGAAGUCUUGCAAGAUUGGAGACAGUUGUAAAGGAUCUUGGAUCCAAGAUGUUCAACAUUUUAAACUCCUUUAUAUUGUACAUUUUGCACAUUUUGACAUCUUCACUGGAUUUCACUCAAGUUCAUUCUGGAAACUUAGAUAACUGUUGCAAAACACUUCAUUUCUGUGUUGACCUGGAGGUAUUUGUGGCUCGAUCUCUUGUCGAAAGGUCUGUCCAUGUUUAUCUUUUAGGCAGAAACAACCAGAUAGGAGACUGUAAUAUAAAUUCUGAGUGUAGCAGAAUUCAUGAUACCAUCAAACUAUCAAACCACAAAAUAGCCCUAAAGUAUCAACCUAUGCCAUGAUAUUUUACAAUGGGUUUGAGGGCUUUUGUUUAUUUCAUAUGAGCAUUUUUAUGAAGAAUGCCAGUAAUUAUUCAGGACAUUAUAAGUGGACGAGCAUCGACGAUAAAACUGAUAAAAGUCUUGUAGAUAAUGUAAAUACUGCAUAUUUUGGAUACUGCCGUUAUGGUACACGAUUUCUUGACCUGUUACACCUGAGUCAGUGAAUGUGUUUGACCACAAGAUGGCAGCAGCUCCCAAAAUGUGUGUUAAGAUGUUAAGAAAAACGUGCAUGCUUGGAGACGAAUCUUUCAAACUAAACUGAUUUAAACUUUUUUAUGAUUGGUAUGUGAUUUUCUUUGAGUUUAAUCCUAUCUAAUUGACACAAUGCUUUGUUGUGAUUUCCAUUUUGGAUGACAUCAUCUCUAACUUUGGGGAAGUCAUGGUCUAAUGGUUAGAGAGUUUGACUCCUAACCCUAAGGUUGUGGGUUUGAGUCUCUGGCUAGCGAUACCACGACUGAGGUGCCCUUGAGCAAGGCACCGACCAACAACAGCUGUAUGUCACGUCACGUCAAAAGAGGGUGAUGCGGCAGAGCUUUACUCCUUCAGUUUGUUCCAACUCUCUCCCUUCCUUCAUCCAUUAAGGGUUAGGGUUAGGGCUCCUUUAAACAUGGUUUAAACAAACCAUAAUAAAAAGUUGAAACUUUUAAUGCCAUCACCACUAACGCCAUCAUGUUUCUUGUUAGAGCUUACGGCCACCGCCACAACCUGAGUGCUGAUGGACAACAUAAGAUCAUAGCAGCUAUGAUAGUUCUAUCUUAAUAAACCAGUAUAUACAAUUCAUAUACGGAUGUGUAUGAAGAGAAGAGCAUACAUUAUAAAAUAGAUUAUUCAUUUAUAAAUGAUCACGGAUACUCAACAAAAUGAUAUCUAAAAAAAACAUGGAAUAUCUAGCUCUACACUAUUUUUGUCUUAUAAACAGCCACCUGUCUGGACUCUAGACCUUUCUCAGACUGUUGUGUCAAAAGGCAUUGAAUACAACUGCAUAACUUCCCAUAGCUUCACAUCCUUCCUUGAUCGUUUGUAGACUACUAUUGCUAUUUAUAGCUGAACUCCGGUCACCCCCCCAACAAUGUAGGGGUCAGGUGCCUGUUGCCCUCAUCCUGCUGUCCAGACACACAUACCGACCCUCAGGCAUCCCCACCCUGCUGCACCCCGGCUUAAAUAACUUUCUCCUGCCGCCUAUGUAUCUUCAGUUUCGAUACUGCCCAGCACAUGGCCACUCGGGUAUGGCGUUAUGUAGCUUAGGAUGAGUCGUCUAGUAACUUUUGUACCGUUGUUGAACAAAGAUACAUUUCCAGAUUUGUGAAGAACCUUAAAGAUUGUUCUUAUCCUUAUUCUGAUUGACUGGAGAUUUUAAAAAUCACUGAACCACAUGGACUAUAGGAACCGGCUCACUGCAAACCUUGGACCCACCGAACGAAUCCAUGUGGUAAAUAUUGCAUAUGUUUGCGCAUGGUUUAAACUGAAAGAGUCGAUGUUGUGGAUUGCAAUGUAGUGAACUUUUCCAGAUUGAAUCAGCUCCGAUUAGAAGCACAGCACUUAAACAUUUUGAAGGGUUUUGUUUGUGACAGUUUGUGAGUCACGUACUCUAAAAUAGAGACAGAAAUAUUUUACAUGCCCAUGAGGAAGAGCUAGCAUUCCAAGCAUCUGGAGGGUGCAAGUUUUACAAAAACACCCACUGACAGCAACAGACAACAGGAAGCCAGAGGUCACCAUCACUGGAAGUGCCCACCAUCACCUGGACAACCUGAUGUAACUUGUAUAUAGUGGUGUAAAAUAAUCAAAAGCACUAUUGAGUUUGAAAUCUACAGAAUCUGGGUGGCAGCUGACAAAAAAAACCUCCAGUAUGAACCCCCAGGGUGGCCAUUAUUUAAACACGACAGCUGUGCUAUCCCCUUUGGGUGCUGUCCGUUUGACUGAACUUGCUCUCGGCUGUACCGUGAUCUCUCUAGUGGUUCACGGUGCAGGAUACAGUGCUGUCUAUGGGAUCUUCUGUAUGGCAGCAUGGAGUGCUUGCUUUGCCCUCUCGGCAGCCAUCUUCGCUCUGGACGUGACGCGUCUUCACUCAUGUCUUCCUGUGUCCUGGGAGAACCUGACUGUGACCUUAGCGGCACUGUCUGCUCUGCUCUAUUUCACAGCUUCCAUUGUGUAUCCAGUUUACUUUGUGCGCAAUGAGUGCCCAUAUAAUGUCUGCGAAGUUAGAAAUUUCCGGAUAGCCGUCACCGUCUGUUCCUGGGCAGCAUUUGUUGCAUAUAUCACUGAAGUUUCCCUGUCCCGGUCCAAUCCAACUCGAUCGGUCAGCUACAUGUCCACGCCAUCUGGCCUCCUGAAGGUGCUGCAGGCUUACGUCGGCUGUGCCAUUUUCAUAACUCUUGCUAAUGGGAGUGAGUUUUGGCGUCACCCGGCGACUGUCUACUGUGUAGCAGUGUUUGUGUUGUGUUUCGCUGUGACCGUGCUGGUGGUAGCACUGAGUGUGCUCGGACGCACAACCCUCCUGAGUCUGCCUCUUGACCGUUUUGUAGUGCUCUACACCUUUGCAGCAGUGCUGCUGUAUCUGAGUGCUGCUGUGACCUGGCCCGUGUUCUGUUUCGACAGGAAGUACGGCACACCGCUCAGACCUCAGGGAUGUCCCGGGGGGAAGUGUGCAUGGGACAGCCAGCUUGUGGUGACCGUGUUCUGCUUUCUCAACCUGGCGUUUUAUAUCACAGAUCUCUGCUGUUCCCAGAGAGCACGGUUUGUGACACGGCAGCCACGUGUGUAACCACUACACUGUACUUAUAUAUUUCUGGAUUCGAGACUGGACCUCAAAUCACAUACUCUUAGCUUUCUCCUGUUCACACAACUGUAUGAGCAAACAUACAGUCGAAGGACCAUACAUUUGCAAUGGUUACUUUUUGUGCAACUCUAGGAUAGCAAACACUUAGGUGAAAAUAUAUUGUUUAAUGGAGCUCCAUAUUUAAGCUACAGCCUUUCUAUUAAACAGAAAAUCUAGUCAUAGAAGUGAUCCAAAUAAUAAAAUUAAAUUCAAUUUCAUUUGUAAUUCUACCUAACGGCCACCUUUUAAAUUUUCUUCUCUUUUUUUCUUCUUUUUUUCUUUCUUUUUUUAAGGAUUACAGUAGAAAUCUUUAAAUUGUACCAUUAUUUCUAUUGCUUCGAAUUAGCUAGCUAAUCCCGAUGUAAUAUAGAAGUCUGGUUGAUGGUUCUGUGUUUUUUUAUUCUCUGUUUAUUUUUAUAUUUAUUAAGUUGAUAUAGUUAUUAGCCUUUUUGAGUUGUCACAUGAAUAGGGUUCAUAUCAAAUCUCAAAACUCAAAAAUAAAGAAGCAAAAAUAAUCUCAAACUAAUGGCAAUUUUACUAAAUGUAAAAUCAAUUUUAUUAAAAAUGUAUAGACAUUUAAUCAUUUUAUUCUUUGAUUCGGUAGAUAAUUAGCUCUUUAAACUGACUCUGUUCAUAGGAAAUUAGGUUGUUUUUACAUUUUUCUUUUAUUGUUGUAGCUGUUUGCUUGUUUUGGAGUAUUUUCAUUUGUUUGUGUUUCUUUACUUGUUUGCUUGUUUUACCAGAUUUUAAUUAAACCUUUGUCUAUCAAUACAUGCAUU